AUGGCCAAAGUUUCUAGGUCAAGACAUGAAACAAUUGACCAAGAGACAGCCAUGUCCUGGCCCAAGCACAAGAAAGAAAGCAAAUGUUUCGUGUACAUGUUAGCUGCCUUUGUCAUCUUUUGUGCAGGUCUAUUGGUUUUUGCAUGCGUAAUGCGUGUGAAUAAUCCAGAUGUCAAAUUAACGUUAGCUACGCUGAAUCAAAUUAGUUAUAGGGCUUCACCAUCAUCUUCUUUUAACGCUAGUAUGAUCAUCCAUCUCAGAAUCAAGAACCCAAAUCAUGGUGGCUUCCGUUACGAGAAUAGCAGUGUGAAUUUGCUAUAUCGGAAUGUAAGGGUCGGUGGUAGGGUAAUCCGCAGUGACAGAGUGAAGGCCAAAGAAACCAAAGAAGUGACUGUUCCGAUGGACGUGAGGUCCGUUAAGUUGCCCGUUAACGUUGCUGGGAUUCUUUCUACGGAAAUCAAUUCAGGGACGUUGAAUCUCACAAGUUAUGCCAAAUUUAGUGGCACGGUUACACUGCUGAAGAUUAUCAACAAGAGAAAGACCAUAGAAAUGGCUUGCAUCAUGAAUUUCAACUUGAUCUCCCACUCAAUUCAGGGUAUCCAAUGCUAA